AUGGAUGGGCCUCUUCUUUCACUGCAUAGCCUCUUUUCACAUUGGGAGGAGAGUCCGGUCAGUCUGUACGCCGCUGGGCUGAGGGGAUCACUUAUCUCCAUUGCAAUCCUUGCUUCGCAAAUUCACAGGAGAGCCUUGGACGACGAAGUGCCCUUCUGCGAUCUAUCAAUAUCAUCAUGCCAAAUGUACACUGCGGUUCUGCUAGUAGUUUUGCAGAUUCUGUAUCCACGCCGACCAAAUCUUUUCACACCGGAGGGAAGCCCCGUGGACUUUGAGAAUAGCUGUUCGGCCGCCCAGCGAUACUCUAUGCAAUGGUGCUCGGGUGCCCUUCGUAUUGCUGGAGAAAGCCUUGCGUUCGACCAACUGCCGCGACUGAAUUUUCGAAGCAAGUCGAAAACUCAACCAUUGAUCAAAAUCUCCAAAGGCUCGCUGUGGAACCUUAUUUUCGCUGAAUGGUAUCAUGGAUUUGUCAAACAAUGGACUUUUAUGCUAGUGCGAUCGGUGAUUACUUUCGGCUCCCCCUAUUGCAUCAUGCAAUUGAUAAAAUGCCUGGAAAGCGAAGGCCCAACAAAUGCCGCUUGGAUUUGGCUGAUCGGCAUUACAGUUUCUUCUGUAUGCGAAACUGUGCUCCAUUACCAUAUGGCUUGGAUUCAGUGGUCCGAAAUGGGAAUCCCGAUUCGCGCACAGCUAAUUAUGGCCAUGUAUUCAAAAGCAUUGAGAGUCCAAGAUAAAGACACUGGUGACAAGCCCGCGGCAAUAAACCUCAUAUCUUCCGACUCUGUGUCUUUUAGUAAGUUCACGGCAGUCAACUACAUGCUGCCUUUUUCAUUUCUCAAGCUCUUCUUCGCGUUAGCGUUUCUCAUGAAACUGCUUGGGUGGAAGAGCACCCUGGUGGCCAUGGUGGCAACAGCAGGGACAGUGCCUAUACACACAUGGGUCGUCAAGAACGUGGGAGCUGCGAAAAAAAGACUGACGUUGGCAAGAGAUAGAAAGACAAAAGUUGUUUCUGAAGGUCUUCAUACACUUCGCCAGAUCAAAUUCUCGGCCAUGGAGUCGCAGUGGGAAGAGCGAAUUGACGCUUGUCGCCGAGAGGAGCUACAUAGGUUGCGCGAGACCUUUGUCGCUAUCAAUAUUCGCUCUGUAUGGAAGGUCGCAUCUCCUUUCCUUGUCGCUGCCGCGGCGAUUAUCAGCUAUGCGCAUACAGAAACCAAUGUCUCUUCAUCUAUCAUAUUUACGAUGAUCGAACUAUUGCCGCACCUCCAGGGCACAUUAGGAUUACUUCCUGUGGUGUUCCAAGAUUACUUCAGUGCUCGAGUCAAUGCGAAGCGUAUGGAAAAUUACCUAAAGGAGCCGGAGCUAGAGCAAAUUCUGGUACCUAGCCCAACGGGCUCUGUUGCCUUCCGAAAUGCGUGCAUUACCUGGCCCUUGGAGAAACAACAAGAAAACAAAGAGAAGCCCGGCUCGUCAGAGCACUUCGUUCUCCGUGAUAUUAAGAUUGAAUUUCCUGUCGGUGAGCUAAGCAUCAUCCACGGAGAAACGGGCUCAGGCAAGAGUCUUUUGCUUUCUGCGAUUCUCGGCGAGGCGGAUCUUCUUCGUGGUCGCAUCGAAUCACCAGCACAGGAGCAGCCUGUGGCAUUUGCUUCCCAGACUCCAUGGCUGCAAAAUGCCACAGUGAAAGAUAACAUCCUGUUUGGAAGUCCUCUUCAGGAAACCAGAUAUCGAAAAGUGCUGAGAGCAUGUGCACUUGAAACUGAUAUUGCUGCUCUCCCUCUUGGGGAUGAAACUUCUAUUGGUCUCCGAGGCGUGAAACUCAGUGGAGGCCAAAGAGCGAGAGUAGCUCUUGCCAGGGCUAUAUAUUCGCAGGCGAGAAUACUGGUUCUAGAUGAUAUUUUCGCCGCUCUUGAUGCUCAUGUUUCUCGCGAUAUAUUUAAAGCACUCACUGGCGAGCUUUGUCAAGGUCGCACACGAAUACUCGCAACACAUCAUGUUUCUCUCUGCUUGACGAAGGCGAAAUAUGCUGUUGAGCUACAUGACAAAUCUGUGCGCCAUGCCCGCACGAUUGAAGGAAGUGAGCGACAGUAUGAAUGGGAGUCAGACAGCACUGUCGUGAAUUCAUCUACAGAAGAGAAGCCAAAGAAGCCUGUCAAUCGCAAACAAAAACCCAAAGAUCUCGUACAACAAACGGAAUUUGGAGCCUCGAAGAUGUACUUCAUGGACGCUGGGGGCCUGGUAUUUGCGACAAUUUACGUGCUGGGUCUUGUCGCUAAGCAAAUUGUAAUGGCAUCGACAACUUGGGCCCUCGGCCGAAUCAAUUCAGCGCGUCUAAAGACCAAAGCAUACGACUUGCUUGAUUCCACGGGGAAAGCUUUAGAGACCAAUCUCUAUCUCUACCUGCUGGGGUCUCUAUCUGCUAUCGUGAUGGAGUUUCUCUUCAAUCUCCAUAUGUACUCUGGCUCCCUACGUGCCUCCAAAGCCCUGUUUCGAAAAAUGACCGCAAAGGUCAUCCGUAUGCCGCUUAUUUGGCUUGACAAUACUCCUGUGGGAGAGCUACUCAAACGAUUUCAUCCAGAUAUGAGGAUGGUUGAUGAUUUCUUAUUGGAAUCCGUGUCUGAGACUAGUGACAGUAUCGUGAAGCUGAUGAUUGUCUCGUUUGUCGGGAUGAACACUUCUCUCUACACAAGCUGUCUAACUCUGAGUCUCCUAUAUUGGUGUUUCCGAGUUGCCAAACGCUACAACAGAGCCCGAAGACCUUGCAAAUUGGGCGAAGCUGAGACCAACGCUGAGAUACUCGAAUACUACACUACUUCUGCGUCUGGUGUCUCGACCAUCAGAGCAUUUGGAGUAACAGACCAGUUCAUGGACCAAAUGCACCGUCGAAUUGAUAAUCUAUCUACCGUUCGUCGGCAUUUCUGGAUAUUCAAUCGAUGGCUUGGACUUCAAAUAUCACUUGCGGGCAUUCUGUUCACAACAGGGACUGGAAUUGUUCUCCUAUCAACUAGAUCCAGAUCUAUGGUGGAUGCGUCUCUCAUGGGGUUUGCUCUCACAUUUUCGAUGGGAUUUUCAAAGGCUACUUUCAAUGCGGCCAACAGUUUCGGUAUGCUGGAAAGAUACAUGGGCUCAGCUGGCAACAUUGUUGCAUAUUCCAAAUUGUCGACUGAGCCACAAGGUGGAAUUGAAGUAACAGCAGACUGGCCACCUCAUGGACAAGUCGAAGUCAAGGGAUUGAACGUUGCCUACUCGUCUAGUCUUCCUCUGGUCCUGAAGAACAUAACCUUUUCCGUGAAUGCUGGCCAAAGAGUUGGAAUUGUCGGUCGCACUGGAGCGGGCAAAUCAUCUUUAACUCUCGCGCUCCUCCGCUUUCUGGAUCCUCAGUCUGGCUCUAUCUGUAUUGAUGGAACCGAUAUUUCCACUAUCAAUUUGCAGUCUCUUCGGUCUAAGGUUGGGUUCAUUCCUCAAGAUCCAGUCCUCUUCUCAGGCACGAUUCGAUCAAAUCUUGACUACUUCAACCAAUAUCCAACGAAGAAACUGAACGAGGCCUUGCGACGUGUCAAACUUCUUACAGGGGAAGGUAAAAAGGAGUCUGGCUCAUUUCCCUUGGACUCACAAGUCACUGCAGGCGCGAUGAAUAUGUCGCAGGGCCAACGCCAACUCCUCUGUCUUGCAAGGAUCUUGGUUCGGGAUCCAAAGAUUGUCAUUCUUGACGAGGCUACAUCAUCGGUUGAUGACCAGACGGAUGCAUUGAUUCAGGAUGCCAUUCGAAAUGAACUUAGCCGAACACUAAUUGUGGUUGCGCACCGUUUGCGCACCAUCGCAUCUUUUGAUAAAGUUCUUGUGAUUAAUGAGGGACAAGUUGGAGAAAUUGGAACGCCUGCAGAGCUUUUGAGAAUGAAGGGAUUGUUUUACGAUCUCGUUCAAGAAAGUGAGGAUAAAGAGUUUGUGACCGGGACUAUUCUCAGCCCUGGAGAUGGACAAUACGAGAAGGUUUGA